AUGCUGACCACGACCCAAGGCCUGCUGCUGGUGAUGGCCAUGAUCGAGUUCUUCAUUGGUCUGCUCGGGAAUGGGGCCCUGGUAGUCUGGAGUCUCGGAGAGUGGGCUAGGCCAGCUGGACAGUCCACCUACGGCUACAUUGUCCUCGGCCUGGCGGCCUCUCGCUUUCUCCUGCAAUGGCUGAUCAUGGUGGACCUCAUCCUGUUCCCAUGCUUCCAGAACAGCCGCUGGCUCCGCUACCACAGUGUCGCCUGGGUCUUCGUGAGCCAGGCCAGCCUGUGGUUCACUGCCUUCCUCAGCAUCUUCUACUGCCUGAAGAUCAGCACCUGCCGGCACCCUGCCUGUGCGUGGCUCAAGCAGCGAGCCUAUCGCGUGAGCCUUUGGGGCCUCCUUGGCUACUGCAUCAUCACUUUGAUCCUUGUGGGCCAUGUCACCCGGAAGGACCACUACACUUCUGCCUGGGGCAACAGCAGCGUCCCCCAACCCUUCUUAAACCAGCAUUACACUUACUUACUCAAGCUCAAUUCAGGCAGCUUCCUGCCCUUCUCACUGUUCCUUCUGUACUCUGGGAUGCUGAUGCUGUCUCUGUACAGACACCACCUGAAGAUGCAGGCCUUCUGGGUGGGCAGGAGGGACCCCCAGGCCCGGGCUCACAUCAAGGCCUUGAGCUGUCUCGGCUGCUUUCUGGUUCUCCACAUAGUGUACGUCCUGGCCAGCCCUUUCUCCAUAUCCGCCAAGUCAUACCCUCCGGAUCUCACUUCUGUCUUCUUCUCUGAGACCAUCAUGGCUGCCUCCCCAUCUCUUCACUCUGUAGUACUGGUCCUGGGCAACCAGAGGAUCAAGCAGUCUGGGAAGAGAGUCCUCCAGAAGCUGCAGAGGUGGUGGGGUGUGACUUGGGGACAGGGCUGUACAGGACGCUCACGAUGCUCUUGA